GUGGAGAUCUCGCAUAUUUCCCCGGAUAAAAUACAUCCACUCACUUGAAAAACCGACGGCUCAGCUGCCGUGCGGAAACACGUUCAUGGCGGAUAUUUAAAAGGAUUUCUUCGUUUAUAAACAUCAAUGCAUAAACAACUCCUCAAGGAAAAGGCUUCCACGACAAGCAGUCAGUACAUGUUGCCUGUAAAAUAUAACCCAUUUUCUAGUAAAUAAUCCUUAUAUCGAGGGCGUUUAACCGUUCGCAGCCCGGUUUUGAACAGCUUUCCCCUUUCGUACUGAGCAACAAACAUGGACGAAGAUAAUCAAGUGCAAGAAGACCUGUCCCCAGAGGAAAAAGAUGAGCUGUCAAACAUACGUCGGAGGAAGAAAGAGCUUCUGGAUGACAUUGAGCGGUUGAAGUUUGAGAUUGCUGAAGUCAUGACCGAGAUCGAGCAGCUGACCUGCGUGGGGGAGAGCAAAACCUCCCAAAGAAACAAACAGAUUGCCGUGGGAAGGAAGAAGUUCAACAUGGAUCCGAAAAAGGGGAUCCAGUUCCUCUUGGAGAAUGACCUCCUCCAGCAGACACCAGAGGACAUUGCGCAGUUCCUCUACAAAGGGGAGGGUCUGAACAAAACUGUCAUCGGUGACUACCUUGGAGAGCGGGAUGACUUCAACAUUAAGGUCCUCCAGGCCUUUGUGGAGCUGCAUGAGUUUGCAGAUCUUAACCUUGUGCAGGCAUUAAGGCAGUUUCUGUGGAGUUUCCGGCUCCCAGGUGAGGCUCAAAAGAUUGACAGGAUGAUGGAGGCCUUUGCCUCACGCUACUGCCAGUGCAACCCAGGAGUCUUCCAGUCCACAGACACCUGCUACGUCCUCUCCUUCGCCAUCAUCAUGCUGAACACCAGCUUGCACAACCCCAACGUGCGGGACAAGCCAGCGGUGGAACGCUUCAUCUCCAUGAACCGUGGCAUCAACGGGGGCGGAGACCUCCCCGAGGAGCUGCUGCGAAACUUAUAUGAAAGUAUCAAAAAUGAACCUUUCAAAAUCCCAGAGGAUGAUGGGAACGACCUGACGCACACGUUCUUCAACCCAGAUAGAGAAGGGUGGCUGCUGAAGCUGGGAGGAAGAGUGAAAACCUGGAAACGGCGGUGGUUCAUUUUGACCGACAACUGCCUGUAUUACUUUGAGUACACAACAGAUAAGGAGCCACGUGGCAUCAUCCCUCUGGAGAACCUGAGCAUCAGGGAGGUGGAGGAGCCCAGGAAGCCUAACUGCUUUGAGCUGUAUAACCCCAGUCACAAGGGCCAGGUCAUCAAGGCCUGCAAGACGGAGGCGGACGGCAGGGUGGUGGAAGGGAACCACGUGGUCUAUCGGAUAUCCGCCCCCACGCCGGAGGAAAAGGAGGAGUGGAUCAAGUCCAUCAAAGCCAGCAUCAGCAGGGAUCCCUUCUACGACAUGCUGGCCACCAGGAAACGACGGAUAGCGAACAAGAAGUGAAGGAGCCGGCUGGGCGGAGUAGACUGGCCACCCCGGCAGCAAUCCAGUCGAUUUUCGAAGGAAUUCUCGCAGACAAUCCCGAGUUCAUGGGCGUUAUGAGAUAUACAGGACCAAACACAAACACAAGACGUGAGAUGAUCAGAGGACCGAGACCGCGCGGUGUGUGUAGCAUAUUCUUUCCGUACAAUAGUCUCCCUGCACGAACCGUCAUCGGUGUUUUCCCCAUGCAUUUACAGUCCUGGCGUUCUCUCAGUUAGGUUACUUGAAUAGCACACCUGGAUAAACGCAGCUAUAUGCGUUAGAAAAUAACCCCGUUUAUUUCUCCCUCUCGCUCCACAGACAUACGCGGGGGCGCGCGUUAAACCAAGCACCGUUCAUGUUAUACAACAUAUAAGAGAAAGCAGACUAUUGUAAAAAUAAUGACGGCUCUGUAGAAGAGUUCAAGAGCCGUGAAACGUUGAAGUAGAGAUGUCGCGGUCAGAAAAGAACGAGCAGUUUGGUUGUGGCUCCAGUCCUAGUGUGCACAUGAUAGCAGUGAUUCCAUACAGUGAAUGUCCAAAUCACCUUUGGAAAAAGUGUGUUGAA